UCCUAUGUCGGUGUUUUGCGAAGUCGAUAGCUCUAGUUUUACUAACAUGUCGAUCCGGAAUCAGAACACCAGUGAGAUACUGAGCAUUGGUACCUUUACGAACACGCUGAACUUCACAGAAAAAUCAGCUAGAUGUUUUCAUACUGCUCUGUAUAUAUGUACAGCAGAAAACCGUAUUGGAUUUGCUGCUUCUGAUCCGAUACAGAUAUAUGUUAAUUGUGGGCCAAGAUCCCUUGAUGGUUUAUACUUUCUACGGAUACCUGCUUCCUUUCAUGACAAGCUAGAAAUGUCGGCGAAUUUUCUGUCGUACCCUACACCAUCCUUUCAGUGGGGCUUCCGACAAAAAAGUACAUCACCAGAGCUUACUUUGUCCAGUGAUUUUAUAAGAACAAGCACCAUUAUCAAUAUUUCUUCAUUUUCUGUGCAUUUGAAGAAGACAGUGCUGGAAGAAGAUCAGUUUGGAUAUUAUACUGUGAGAGUAACCAAUGAUUAUGGAUCUUUUAUGACAACUUUCCACAUUAUUCCUCAAGGGAAUUCCGAUUCACAGCAGAAUGUAUGCAAAUCUUCUUCAACAGAGUUAUCCGCCCUUAUUCCCAUAUUGGCAUCUGUCUCUACUGUUAUGUUCAUCUUUUGUGCCGGACUUAUAAUUUUUAUCAUCCUUCGAAGGAGAUUCAUUAAAAAAGGCAAGCAUUUUCGCAAUAUGCCCUGA